AUGAAAUCAGAAAACAAGUUCAAAGACAGCACAGGGAAGGAGUACAGCAGAGUGGACGGGAGACGGUGGUCCGUGGCGUCGGUUCCCUCGUCUGGAUACUGCACCAAUGCUACCAGUUCAUCAGUAUCCUCCUCUUCUUCCCAGGAGUUAUUGCACCAGUUGCCCUUCCAGCCCACGCAAGAUGAUCUCCACUUCCUGUUCAAACAUUUCCGGAGCACGGAGAGUGUGGCAGACGAAGAAGGAGCGCAGGCCUCGCCCCCUGUCAGGCUCCGUUCACGCAGUCUCAGCCCUGGAAGGACCUGUGGAACAUUUGACAAUGAAAUCGUCAUGAUGAAUCACGUCUACAAAGAACGUUUCCCUAAGGCAACAGCCCAGAUGGAGGGUCGGCUGCUCGACAUCAUCGCUGAGGUCUCCCUGGACACCGCUCUGCCUCUGGCUGACGGGGUGCUGGGAUUCAUUCAGCACCAACUGGUGGAGCUCGCCAGAGACUGUCUGGAUAAGUCCCAGAAUGGCCUGGUCACCUCCAGGUACUUUGUGGAGCUGCAGGAGAAACUGGAGAAGCUGCUGCACGAGGCGUAUGAGCGUUCAGAGAGCGAGGAGGUGGCCAUCAUCACCAAACUGGUGAAGACGAUUCUCAUCAUCAUCUCCAGGCCGGCCAGGCUGCUGGAGUGUCUGUCCUCACAGGUGACUCGAGAAAACAAGUACCCUCUUUUCGGUGUUGUACCCUUACCGUUAUAUCACGUUAAUCACGAGAGGAACGACACCUUUCAGGUGGGUCAGGAGCGAGACAACGUGAACAAAGAUGAAACAGUGUAA